CUUGGGAUACAUACAGUUCUAUAGACGAUAACAUAAAUUUUUUUUUGAGUAUCACAAGAAAUUUGCUGAAAUAGAGAGUUCAAGCGACAAGGGAUAUCCGAUGUGUCAGAACGUCUGGGUUAUGCUUAUCUAUGAUGGUAUAAAUUUGGCAAAAUACGAGCCCAUGCAUUGGAGUAUUACGAGACUUGGAAUUAUUACGCUUGGGAUGGAUGGAAUGCCUGAUGGCAGAAGACCCAUUCAAUUCGAAAUGGAGGAUAUUGACCUAGACGACUUGCGAGUGCUUUUCGAGAACAUCAAUCAAUGGCUGAUGGUCUGUACCAUGUCCGGGAAGCAUGAGAAAUGCGCAUCGCUAGACUCGUGCAAAUCUAGCACAUUGGCCUUACCAACUCGACUGAUAGAUGUUGGUACCCAAGAUGAAAACAUCCUCUGA